AUGGGUUGGAAAUCAUACCUUUUACCACUGCUGCUGGGCACUGUUGCUGGAUUACAACAGCAACAAGUUGUGCCAGGUUCUUUUAUUAUUGAAUACCAAGAUUCCAGCGUCGGGGUGCUUGACUUGGACUACGAUCUGUUCAAGGGCGCUACUGUCAGGUUCAACAACGAUAAAUCCUCUGAUGAACACAUGUCUACUUUGCUUUCGCAUUCAGCCAUCAAGAACGUCUGGCGCAACACGAUUUAUUCUUUGCAUAACCCAGAGAUCGGAAGCGUUGGAUCACCUGAGUUAGCAGACUCAUCCCGACUCGUGGCCAGAAACUUCCAAGGCAAUCAGACAUACUCGCCCCACGUUAUGACCCAAGUCGACAAGUUACACGCAAAGGGCAUCACUGGUAAAGGAGUUCAAAUCGCAGUUGUUGACACUGGAAUUGACUAUUCCCACCCAGCCCUCGGUAAAUGCCUUGGACCCGAUUGCUUAGUUAUCGGCGGUUAUGAUUUUGUCGGUGAUGCGUAUAACGGCACUAACACCCCUGCUCCCGAUGACGAUCCAAUGGAUUGUUUUGGACAUGGUACACACGUGGCUGGUAUCAUCGCCGCCCAAGAAAAUAAAUAUGGUUUCAUAGGGGCUGCACCUGGCGUCAAACUAGCAGCAUACCGGGUCUUCGGUUGCGAAGGUUCCACUACUGAUGACAUUCUCUCAGCUGCCUUCCUGCGCGCACAGCAAGAUGGAGCUAAUAUCAUUACUGCUUCUCUUGGAGAAAGUAGCGGAUGGAGCGAGACUUUGCUUGAAGUAAUUGCCUCCCGAAUCGUUGCCAAGGGGGUCAUUAUUACCGCCGCCGCUGGGAACGACGGUGACCAAGGAUUGUUUUACGCAAGUUCCCCGGCUGGAGCAAAGGGUGUUGCUGCUAUUGCUUCUUAUGAGAAUACUUUGUCGCCUGUAUUGUUGACGCAGUCCUCUUAUUCGAUUUCGAACGACACAAAGCAGGGCCUUCAAUGGGCUGUAGGCGACCCAGGCAAUUGGACAGGUGCCGGUGUGAUACCGCUCUGGACUCCAUCAUUCAGCCCCAAUAAGACUACGGAUGGUUGCGGACCUUUUGCUGAUAACACGACGGACCUUUCUGGAAAAGUUGUUCUUCUCCCUUACGAUGGGUGUAUUGGCCAAAAUGCGUAUUCCGCUAUUGGUCUCGGGGCCCAUUACAUCAUGCUUUCAGCAAAACCGGGUACUAACUUACUAAACCCCAGUUUUGGGCCAUAUCCAGGCUUCCUAGGUGUGGGUACAGUCUCUUCCACGGUAGGCGCCAAGUGGUUCGCGGCUCUGGCCGCCGGAUCGGUUGUCACUUUAGAUCUCACCGAUUUCGCCACUAGCCCAGUCACGCUUGAACAGCCACCUAAUGACAUACUUGGCGGACUUCUAAGCUCCUAUACUUCUUGGGGACCUUCUUUUGAAAGCGAGCUAACGCCUUCAUUUGGUGCCCCAGGUGGGUUAAUCCUAUCAACGUGGCCUGUUGCCUUGGGUUCUUACGCCGUUUUGUCUGGUACCUCCAUGGCCUGCCCACUUGUUGCUGGUAUCUACGCCCUUCUAUCAAACGUACGGAACACCUUCGACCCAGUUGAGCUUCAAAAUUUACUUGCUAGUACAGCUAAGCCUGUUCCAUCCAAUGGAAGCUCUUUAAUUGCGCCUCCCGCGCAACAAGGAGCUGGACUGGUUCAAGCUUAUGAUGCAGCCUAUGCAACCACAGUAUUAAGCCGCCCGAGUCUUGCUUUUAACGAUACCAUUCGCUUAACGAGUAAAACCUUUACUAUUUCUAAUACUGAGGAUAAGGAAGUCACCUAUGAGCUAGACGUUAUGAACGCCGCUACUGCUUACACGUUCAAUGAUAGUAUCAGGCCAGCUACGUCCCCCAAGCUCGACAACUCCUUCGCAAAAGUGGACCUAAGCGACUAUCACGUUACUAUCCCUGCAGGUGGAAAAGCUACAGUCUCUGUUAAGGUUACACCUCCGGCAGUUUCUAUCUCUCAACUCCCAGUGUACGGAGGGUACAUCCGGAUUAACGGUACAAACGGCGAGAAGCUAUCUAUCCCUUACCAAGGCAUUGCGGGGGACCUUAGUGCUGUAACUGUUAUGAACGGAACGUACCUAUCAAACGCCAAUAGUGGUCCCGACUAUCCGCCCUUCAAUAAUACCAACUCGACUUUCAUGUUCCCACAGGUGGAUAUCGCAGAUAUCAAUCUCAUCACCGAUGACCUUCCAGUUGCUGCUGUUGACUUUGUUUUUGGAUCCCCGCUACUUAACAUUCAAAUCGUGUCAACCAGCAAACAGCAAGUCAAUCUUGGUCACGCCGUGGACUCACCGUUCAAUUACACUAGCCGUGAUUUUUUUCCCUACACGUGGAACGGCCAGCUUGAUGAUAAAUCAUUUGUACCAGCAGGUACCUACAAGUUCCGUGUUUCAGCGCUGCAUAUCUUUGGUGAUCCAGACCAACCACAGGAUUAUGACGUUGCUGAGACGUCUUCCUUCAAGAUUGCCUACAGGUAG